CAUUAAAAUAACAAGGAACCUCUAUAACCAGUGCUUCCUAUAGCUUCCGAAUUCACUGAUGCAUGUUUAACCAAGGAUUAAAUUACAAUCUUCCAUUUCUUUAUUUUGCACACAAUCUCUUCGUCUGUGAAGUUUAGACUGAGAGUCGCAAUGAUGAAGAUCUGCAGCCAAGACGUGAAGCGCUCAGCUCUCAUACUCCUGAUGAUCAACAGCUUCUGUGCCUUUUCACAAAUUCCUCAUGACAUUAUCUAUGUUGUUGGCUGCUUUGAAAACGGGACAUCUGAAGUACAAUAUGAAUUUGAUUCUGAGGAGAUGUUGUACAUGGAUUUUGACAAAUCUGAUAUAGUUUACACUGUGCCCGGAAUCUUUGUGGAUGAUCCAAGCACAAUAUUUGAUCAUGUGAAUGUAUUCACUAAUGCUAAUAAAGGCAAGAAGCUGUGUGUAGCAUUGCUUCAAUACUUAAAAAAUGAGGAGAAAAAUCCCCCAGAAGAAAAAGACCCCCCUGAGAGCUUCCUCUACCCUGCAGAAGAAGUUGAGUUUGGACGUGAAAACAGCCUCAUCUGCUUUGUGAAUAAUUUCUACCCACCUGAGGUCAGGGUCAGGUGGACCAGGAAUGGUGUUCAGGUGUCAGAGGGGGUGUCACUCAGCCGAUAUUUCCCCAAUAAAGAUCAAACCUUCCACCAGUUUUCUACCCUGACGUUCACACCGAGGGAGGGGGACAUUUACAGCUGCAGUGUGGAGCACUCAGCCCUGGACAUGCCUCAAACAAUGAUCUGGGGUGAUGAACCUGACAUCAGUCAUCGCAGUCUGGGAGCAGAUGUUUACUGUGGAGUGGGCCUCACUCUGGGCUUGUUGGGAGUCGCAGCCGGAACAUUUUUAAUGGUUAAGGGACACCAUGGACACUAAUUCCUCUGCUUUAGAGAGAUUACACAUACAAUUAUGAUUACACAUACUGCACAUUACAUACACACGAUAAUCUAGGAGUGUAGCAUUUCUUCCUGUAAAAUGUCUCAACACACACAAAGAAGCAAUAGAGUUCAUGAACUGUGGGUGUCAUUUACACAUUUUAAUACACUGUGCAUAUGCCAGAUUAUAUUUAACUUUGUAGAGAGACUUUCUCACUUUUGAAAGGUGAUACAACAGACUUCCUCAUACUGAAUUCAUGAGCAAUAAGAGAAAGCCUCACUUUGUCUGGUAUGACCAAUAGCUGUUGUUGUUUGCUAACACACUUUAAAUAGAGAGAUGUAUGUGUACAUGAUAUCACUGAAUGUCAAGUGUUUUUGUUUCAGAUUCAAAACAAGCUUGUGGUCUGAAUAAGUUAAAUUUCUUUAUGAUUCUUGUUUUUUGUUUUUUGUAAUCUUUUUGCCUUCUUAUUACAUUGUUGGUUAUUCAAACAUGUGACAUGCUGUCAGUAUGGUUACCUGCUGUUUGUAACUUUAAGAAGAAGAUAUUUAUUUUCUCUAAUAAAACAGAAACAUUGUGAUAAACUGCA